CCUGUCUCUUUAAGAAACGGGUGCCUUGUGCACAGCCCGGUUUCCAUUGAUUGGUGGAUCGGGCUGGGACGGACGGAAAGUUGACGCUGAUUGGCUAAAUUUUUGUUUGAGACUUUAGAUGCGGAACGCUAGGGCUGAUUGGCUGAUAUGCACGGCGUGGGCGGUACCAUCUCAGUGAUUGGCUAAGGCUGCAGGAGCUGUAGAGUUGAGAUGGCACCGUCAGGGCCAUUGGCUGACCUGGUUAUGCUGCUGGUGGAGGUUGUAUCCCUGAUGGGGAUUGGCUGCAGCGGGCGGCCUUGGCGCAGGCGCGGUAGCGUGGCAGCGAGCCGGCAGCGGGGCUGGUAAUGUCUGCCCUGCGGCGGCUGCUGUACGGGCCGGAGGCGGAGCGGGCUCGGCCGGAGCCGGAGCCGCCCCCAGGCCCCUGGGGCAUGGAGCCCCGGGCGUGCCCGCAGCACCGCGGGGCUGGGAUGGGGCCGGCCUGGCCCGGGGGCAGCUACUGGGACAGGCCCGGCCGGGGCGGCGGCCCCCAGGAGCAGCCUCCUUAUCCUGGCUAUGGUUCCAACUACUGGAACUCUGCGGUGCAGCCCAGAGUUCCCUACCCAAGUCCGUACCCCGCUGGACCUGAGUUACAAAGCCAGGGACUGGAGUCUCCCUACACAAAUGGAGCCUAUGGCGCCCCUUACCCCUCAGCCCCUGGGGCUGCUCCACACUAUGCUAAUCUGCCACAGUCAAACACUUACUAUUCUUCUGGGCACCCUCGGGCCGCCUAUCCAGCAGAGUCUCCGAGCAUGUACCGGCCGCCAUCGCCAGCCUCGCACUGGAAUUAUCCCCCACCAGACUGCCCCCCGGAAGGCCCCUCUCUCAGGAGGCAGGCCCCAGGAUACUCCCCACCAUCGACCCCAGGUAUGCCUGUCCCCCACUAUCCAUAUGGAGGAGAUACCAACCCUGGCAUUCCACAGCAGGGGCCUCCACCACCACAACCAAGACCCCAGGAUGAAUCUUGGGCUUCCUCUGGCAUCUAUGGGAUGCAGCCACGUUAUGCCUGGCCUGCUGCUUCAACACCCCAAGGAAGUCCAUUUGUUUCAGAAUCAUCUCCAUCCUGGCCUGGCAAUGGAGCUCCUUCUCCUCAUCCUCCAGCUCAUGAUACAAAGGAUACUUCUUAUGACAAACCAGACCAAGGAGCAAACCACAACAACUACUUUCCAGAAGUCAAUCAUCAGCCCUCUGGGACUAUGAAUGAUCACAAAUCAACUCAACUAAACACCAAACCAUCCCAUUUCAAUCCCAAAGUGCAAUACAGCGCACAGCCCCAAAUGUAUGAUAAUGUACCUAGGAAACCACCUUUGAACCAGGAUGCAGGUUUUAAACCCAGCAAUCAGCCUUUGUCAAACUCCCUGGGAAAGCAGCCAGGGAUUCAGAGAGUUAUGCAAGUUAUGGAGGAAGUUGAGCAGUUGGAGCAAGAGGUGGAUGAAUUUGUAGGGAAAAAGACAGACAAAGCAUACCGGCUCCUGGAGGAAAUGCUGACCAAGGAGCUGUUGGAACUGGAUUCCAUAGAGACUUGUGGCCAGGACAAUGUUCGACAGGCUAGGAAGGAGGCUGUUCAUAGAAUCCAGGCCAUACUGGAAAAACUGGAAAAAAAGGGAUUGUAAAAGACAGAUGGUAACAAUUCAAGGCCUGCUAUGGACAUCCCAAAGCUCUCUGGUUAGGCUUAAUUCUCGGCCCGCUUCUAACUUCUGUUGACCACGAAAAGCAAUAAAAUCUGAUGAUACUUUAAUUUUUUUUUUUUUAAACCCAACAAAUAAUAAAUUGGCUGUGGACGAAUGAAGGGAGGAUUGAAACAUCAGUCCUGAAUUUUCAGUUUGUUGUUCCAGGCCAACGAAUGUACAGACAACUGUGGAAUUUUGACACUGCCAAACAAAGUACUUUUGCCUCUGUGGGUGUCUACAUGCUUUUCAUUGGCAGGAGAGGAAACUGUUGUAUGGAACAGACUUUUCUAUACUAGGCCAAAUGUGUGUCUGUAGAUGCCACCUGCUGCCCCAUGGCUUCUUAAAUAGCUGGAAUAUUUGUCAAGUUUUGUAAGUUACAAAGGCAUUGCAACACACAGCAAGAACAAGAAGACUUCAUGCUCUUGGACCACUAUUCUUGUGUAUUAUUUACAGCUUCAUCACUCUAGUCAUUGAGAUUGAUGCGUAUUGUUCUGUGUCUUUUUGGUGCACGCUGUAGUACUGUCUUGAAGUGCUGGUGGAAGAGACCAUAUUCGCAACCAGUAAAUAUGGCAACUUCACACUGUUUUCUUCUAUAUAGUGAGAACUAUUCAGUGAUGUUUUAUGUGGGGGAGAGGUAAUAAGGAACACAACUGGGAGCUUUUGAAUUCUGCCUCUGAAAAGGCAGUGGUACAAAUGAGAGAUGGCGGCAUGAUCCUAGGGAAGUGAAACAUUUGGAAAUGAUUUUUCAGGGCAAAUUGGGGUAAAAAUCCACUUUUUAAUUGUAAUGUCCUUUCACAUAAUGCAGUUUGUAAUCCAUUAUAAUCUGCAUAACUGGUGGUUCUGUACAGUGCACUGUGGAGGGGAGAGGAAAAACAUCUGCCUUUAACCGGGGGGCUACCACAUCUGAAAUUUAGUAGUCAUUACUGUGUAUGAUAAGAAAAUAAACUCUGGCAAGUUUUAAAAAUAAUUUUGUACUGAUAAGUCGGAAAUGACUUUCUUUAAAGUUUGUGUGAAACUAUAAAUGGAACCUAUUGUAACCAAAGCACCUGGAAUUCUGUCUUUGCAGCAGAUCCUCGUAAGACAAGGCAGCAAGUGGCAUGGAAAUAGUGACAUUCAUGAUGUUGAAAGGGGGUUGGUGCUACUUUUGUGACGGCUUGGAGCAGACUAGUUCUGUGAACACUUUAGCCUUUUGCUCCUGAAAUAAUGACCACAUUUCCCUGAAGCCAUCCAGCCUGGCAUUCUGUAUGCUGCUAGUCAAUGCAGUGGAAGAUGUAUGCUUGCAGAUUCUACAUCCUUAGUGCACCUGAAUUCUGCUGCAUAGUACUGACCUCUCCAACUGUUCAGAUCCAUCCUCAUAGUCAUGCAUGUGGUUGGCAGUCUAGAAAAUAUACUCUGGGCUAAUCCAGAAGAGCAGAGUAAUCCGUCUGGGCCAAUAAAUGUUUUGGAUUGGAGGAGGACCGUGUUUAAUAGCAAUGGCAGAGACCAACCAGGCCUAGCUAACGCUGUUUGGGAUCUGAUUCCCAAGAGCAGAAGCUAUGUUCUAGCUCGCCACUAUAUUGUAAAGAGCCUCCAGUUCUAUGCUAAUAUAAGGGGGGAGAUCUGGUUCCAAGGGCUGAACGUCUGCAGGAGGUAAUGGUACAACAUUAAUGAAUUAAACAAUGGUUGAUGCUUCCAGUG